GCAGCAACUUGAGCCGCUGUUUCCACAUGAACCAGAAAAAAUCCUUCUCAUUUUCGUUUUCUAGUUCCACCUAGCGUGCUCUGCCAGCGAAAUUUAGUUAAUUUACGUACCUUCCUACAGUUAAGAGUUACAACGCCAACAGUAGCGUAUAUUUCCAAAUUACGAGGUUGUAUUUCUUACUACACGGCUCAGAACGAAAAUUCAGCAUGGACGUUGACGAAGAAAUGCCCGUUCAAGCGGAUGCUGGAGCUGGGAACACUGAAGGAGAAACUGCGAAGAAAAAGCGCUUUGAAGUGAAGAAAUGGAAUGCAGUGGCACUCUGGGCUUGGGAUAUCGUGGUGGAUAACUGUGCCAUCUGCCGAAACCACAUCAUGGAUCUUUGCAUUGAAUGCCAGGCCAAUCAACAAUCGACUACCAGCGAUGAGUGCACCGUGGCGUGGGGAGUUUGCAAUCAUGCUUUUCAUUUUCACUGUAUCUCACGAUGGCUGAAAACUCGUCAGGUCUGCCCUCUGGAUAAUCGUGAAUGGGAGUUCCAGAAAUACGGCCGCUAAGUUGGUGGAAGGAUGUUCAGGAUUGAUUGGCUCUUCGACGUGGAUCAUGUACUAACUGACUAAAUUCCGCACUGAUUGUGUUCUGAUUGUAAUUAUUAUAAAUACGUAAAAUCAUGCGAAAAGAAAACAUUUUUUAGUUUGCGCCUUUGCGGUAUAUUUUCGUUGUGGAAACUUUCGGCUGAUGCUGACUGAAAAGUGGUGGAAUAUUUCGUUUAUAAAGUUUUCUGAGCAUGGUUAUUGAAUAUUGAUGCUGCUUUUUGUAUGAAUAAUUUUUCAAAAUCUACAUUGAAUUAUACUCUGCAAUCUGGAAAAAAUUGCAAGCUAAUAAAUUGCCAUUGCUGUUAAA